AUGAGCGAACCUACCACCACCCCCGUCGUCGGCAACAGUGCGUCCGGCGACUCGGCUGAGCAGCACGAUCUCGGCCAGAAGCGAGGCAAGGGAGGCAACUGGAACCGACCUCGAGGCGAUCACCAGGCCAAGAAGCAGAAGAUGGACCGACGAGGCGACCGACAACGAGAGCAGGAGAAGCAGGGCGAGGGCCGAGAUACACGUCGAAAGACGGACGGUCCUCUGGUGGCCGACGAGGUGCGACAGCCCAAGCGAAAGGUUGCCUGUAUGAUUGGAUAUUGUGGAACUGGUUACCAUGGCAUGCAACUGAAUCCUCCCCAAAAGACCAUUGAGGGUGAUAUCUUCCAGGCCUUUGUCAAGGCCGGGGCCAUCUCUCAGAACAACGCCGACGACCCCAAAAAGUCGGCUUUCAUGCGAGCUGCUCGAACCGAUAAGGGUGUGCAUGCCGCCGGUAACGUCAUCUCUCUGAAGAUGAUCAUUGAGGACGAGAACAUUGUGGAGAAGAUCAACAGCCAUCUGCCCGAGCAGCUGCGUGUCUGGGGCGUUUCUCGAACCAACAAGGCUUUUGAGUGCCGAAAGUUGUGUUCUUCUCGAGUCUACGAGUACCUGAUGCCUACCUACUCGUUCCUGAACCCUCGACCUGGCACUGUCAUGUCCGAGAAGCUCCUCAAGGAUGGAACCAGCCCCGACGAGGAGGGCAAGAAGUACUGGGAGUCUGUCGCUGCCGAUCUCGAGUCCCAGGGCGUCUCUUACGACGAGUGGAUGAAGCGAGCCUGUAUUGAUGAGAUCAAGGGGGAGGAAACCAAGGAGGUGGCCGAGUCUGAGGUCAAGACUGACUCCAAGACUGACGCUGCCACUCUUGAGAAAAUCAAGGCUGUCGAGCGAAGACACCGGGAGGAGUUCCGAAUCUCUGGCGAACGACUCGCUAAGAUCAGAGAGAUUCUCAAAAUCUACGAGGGCACCCACAACUUCCACAACUUCACUCUGGGCAAGGCGUUCAAGGACCCCUCGGCCAUGCGAACCAUGAAGUCUCUGACCUGUAGUGAUCCCUUUCUGAUCGACGGAACCGAGUGGGUCAGUAUCAAGAUCCACGGCCAGUCCUUCAUGCUGCACCAGAUCCGAAAGAUGAUCUCCAUGGUUGCUCUCAGUGUACGAUGCAACGCCGACCCCCAGAAGCUCAUUCCUCAGACGUUUGAAAAGGCCCGAAUCAACAUCCCCAAGGCCCCCGCCCUGGGUCUGCUGCUGGAGCGGCCCGUCUACGACUCGUACAACAAAAAGCUGCAGGGCGAGUUUGGCCGAGAAGGUGUUCAUUUCGACAACUGGAACGACCAGAUCGAGGCCUUCAAGCACAAGUUCAUCUACGACAAGAUCUACGCCGAGGAGAAGGGCCAACAUGUGUUCCACGCCUUCUUUUCUUUCGUCGAUGUCUUUACUGGGGAUGCCUCAUUCGACUUUCUGCUUAAGCAGGGUAUCACCAAGGAGUGCACCACGGACUACAUGAACAAGAAGGCAAAAGAGGAGGGUAAGGAGAUCAAGAAGCUCGAGGAGGACGACGAUGAGGUUGCUAAUGAGCAGAAUGAAGGGUAA